AUGGCAUCGAUCCCCACGGCCAUUACAUCAUAUCUCGUCGAGAAUUUACACUGUCCGUCAUGUGUCUCGGCCAUUAAAACGGGUCUGCACGAUGCAUUUGGCGACUGCAUCUCCUGGGUCUCGCCCAACCUCGUCACCUCAGUCGUCACAGUCGAGCACAAAGAUAGCGAUCUCAUCUCGGUUACCAGCAUCAAGAGGACCCUCGAGGACCUUGGUUUUGAAGUCUCGGCAGUCGACACUUCAGCUCACAUCGCCAAUGACUUAGCCUCAUCAGACAGGCCUCCUCGAGGCGAUGAUAUCCACCCUCAGCCUACGGAGCAGCCUGGUAGUGACUGGCCCCUCCUCUGGCUCGAGAGAAGGUCUACGCGAGAACUCGAGUCUGGCUACGCGACCCAUCUUGAGGUCUGCCAAGAGUGUCGCUCGGCAGCUGCAUCUGGAGAACCGUCUUCUCACGCUACCUCAUCCAGGGUGUCGCCUGAUGCUACACCCCCACACCGAGCUGUUGAUAUCACUGCCCACCCCAUCCCGGAUGCCCUACAAUCCGUUGUCAUCGGCAAUGACGACGGUUCCGCACCACAAUGGCGGGCAACCAUCUCGAUCGGCGGCAUGACCUGCAGCUCAUGCUCCAACGGUAUCAGGGAAGAGAUGAGCAAGCUCCCUUGGGUCUCAAAUAUCGCUGUCAACCUCGUUACUAACAGUGCCACGGCCGAGCUGGUCGAUCCCCAACGGGUUCACGACCUUGCCGGGGCCAUCGAAGACCUUGGCUAUGACGCCACCAUCGAUAAGGUUGUCAAUGUCAAAGAACUGGUCAAGACCAAGAGCCAAGACGAAUGGCGCGAGGUGCAAAUCAAGAUUAACGGCAUGUUCUGUCCACGCUGCCCGCAUCGCCUGAGCAAGAGCCUAUCCCUUCUAGGACCCCACCGCCUACAGAUACUCGAGGAGCCCACUCUGGGUACCUCGCUCAUAAAGAUCAAGUACCGGCCUGAUGCGCCCUCCUUCACCAUCAGACACAUCAUGUCUGCCAUCUCCGCCACCGACCCGUCUCUAGGCCCGUCUAUAUACCAUCCGCCCACCAUGGAAGACAGGGCAAGGGACGUCAGAACCAAACAUCAGAAGGAGCUAAUACGGAGAGAGCUUGUCGCCUUGGCUCUUGCUGUGCCCACUUUCGUCUUGGGCAUUGUAUACAUGAGCCUAGUCUCCCACUCAAACCCCACCCGUCACUACCUCACGAAGCCCUGGAAGUCGGGGGUCUCUCGCUUGGAUCUAGUACUCUGCCUGCUGGCUACGCCCGCCUGGGUCUACUCGGCCGAUAUGUUCCAUAGGAGAAGCAUCAAGGAACUCCGGGCUAUGUGGCGCCCUGGCUCCAAGAUGCCCGUCCUAGCCCGCUUCUACCGCUUCGGCAGCAUGGAUAUGCUUGUCUCUCUCGGCACCACUAUCGCUUACAUCUCCUCGGUCGCCCAGAUGAUUGCCACGGCGGCUAGCGGUGGCAAGGCUAUGUCCGAGGGCCUCAUGUACUUUGACACCGUGGUCUUCCUGGUGCUCUUCAUCCUGGCGGGCAGAAUCAUCGAGGCUUACAGCAAGUCCAAGGCCGGAAACGCUGUUGAGAUGCUAGUCAAGCUCAGGCCGGACACGGCCAUCCUAGUCGAUCAGGAUAAGUCUCGGGGCCAGCUGAGCACCAAGGUCGCGUUAGAUCUCAUCGACCACGGCGACAUCAUCAUGGUUCAGCACGGCGCAUCCCCGCCCGCCGACGGUGUAAUUGUCACAGGCCAGACAGACUUUGACGAAUCCAGUCUUACAGGAGAGUCGCGUCCCGUCCCCAAGGUCGAGGGCGACUCUGUCUUUUCAGGCACCAUCAACAAGGGAUCCAUGGUAACGGUGCGGGUGACCGGCACGGCUGGUCGGUCCAUGCUGGACCAGAUCGUCGACGUCGUGCGUGAGGGACAGACGAAGCGAGCCCCUAUGGAGCGCAUCGCUGACGUCCUGACGAGCUACUUUGUCCCUGUAGUGACUCUGCUCGCCAUAAUCACCUGGUUCGUAUGGCUGGCGCUGGGUCUCUCCGGGGCCGUCGGCGGCCACGACGACAUGAAGUCGACGAGCGACUGGGUGGCUUUCGCUUUUCGAUUUGCCAUCGCUGUCUUCGUCGUGGCCUGCCCGUGCGGGCUUGGCCUGGCCGCACCGACGGCCAUAUUCGUGGGAAGCGGUCUGGCCGCCAAGUAUGGCAUCCUGGCCAAAGGCGGCGGCGAGGCAUUUGAAAAGGCGUUCCGGCUAGACUGUGUCGUUUUUGACAAGACAGGCACCCUGACACAGGGAGGCGAGCCACGCGUAACAGACUCACUUGCUUUCCCCGCAGGAAUUCCCGACGGCAUGGACGAGGCGACACUCUGGUCGAGUCUGAGCGCUGUCGAAAUAGCCAGCAGUCACCCCAUUGCCCGAGCCAUUGUCGACUUCUGUGGCGUCAACCAGGUAUCCAUUGAGACGGAGAAAGUCGAGGAGCUCCCCGGAAAGGGUAUGACGUCAAAGUGCCGGCGCACCGGAUCGAUUGAGGAAGGAUUCUCCCUAGCUGUUGGCAACGCCCACCUGCUCGCCAGCCUAGCCGUCGAUGUAAGCCGGCCUAUUGAGGCCCAACUGGAAACAUGGAAGCGGGAAGCCAAAUCGGUAGCCCUAGUAGCACUCCAGCAGUCCCCAUCGGGCCCAUGGAUGCUAGGCGCCGCCCUCGCCAUCUCGGACCCCAUCCGGUCCGAGGCUCCCGCGGCCAUCAGAGAACUUCAGGAUCGCGGCAUAGAAGCCUGGAUGCUGUCGGGCGACAACCUGACUACGGCGCGCGCGGUGGCACGUCAAGUGGGCAUUCCGCCGUCCAACGUCCUCGCCGAGGUCCUGCCCUCGGAGAAGGCCGAUAAGAUCAAAUACCUGCAGGCCACGGCUACACGUCGCGGCAACACACCCCACGCAAUGGUAGCCAUGGUGGGCGACGGCAUCAAUGACUCGCCAGCGCUAACGGCGGCAGACGUCGGCAUAGCCAUAGGAUCGGGGAGCGAUGUGGCCAUCUCGAGCGCCGACUUCGUCCUGUCCACGUCACAUCUGGGCACCGUCCCCACGCUGCUGGACCUCAGCCGCACCGUCUUCCGUCGCAUCAGGACCAACUUCUCCUGGGCAGUCAUAUAUAACCUCGUCGCCAUCCCAUUUGCGGCCGGGUGUUUCUACGGUGUGCGCACCCCCAGCGGUUCCCGCGUCACCCUGCCACCCGAGUUUGCUGCCCUGGCCAUGGCCCUGUCGAGUAUCAGUGUUGUCCUGAGCAGUCUAGCCUUGAGGAUCAAGUUGCCCAUCAUUGGAUUUAGGCCAAGGCAGACUGUGGGGUAA